AAUUUUUGAAAUUUUCGAAUGCCAUGGAAGCAACAAAGAACCUUGACAGAUGUUUUGCGUCACGCGAAGGUCAGGUCCCUUAGUUUUCGUUGCGCUAAUGGCUCUCCCUCGAAGGUUGUGUCUUGUCCGUCUUGUAGUCGACCUAUUUCCGCUUCCCAUAUAAACGAUCACUUGGAUAGGUGUUUACAAGUUAACGUGGAGACUUCAACAAAGAACGCGCUUGAAGUAUAUUCGGAAGAAGUUGAAGCGUCUAUCCAAAGGUGCCAGUGUAAGGAAAAUUUUUCUGGUGGAGACGGAAGCCUUAAAACAUCGAGUGUUCCAAAAGAUCCGGAGGUGGACAGAGAAGAUAGUGAGUCACCCAAUAACGAGAAAUUGUCAGUUCAAAUGACAGUUUUCAAACAUAUUUUAUCAUACUCCCUCUUCAAUUACUCUGAGCUGUUGACAGAAGACGAGAAACAAGUCGCCCAGCAAGUUUACACUUUGCCACUGCGUUUGCAAAACUUAUUUCGAAAUAUCUUAAGUAGGAAGAGCAAAAGCUGGCAUUCUAUCAGGGAGUUUUCCAAUCUCCGCUACAAUGAUUCUUAUUAUUCUGAGGAUGACUUCUAUUUAUUGCAGAAUCUUGCUCUCAUCCAACCCUUCCACUUUCAGUUCUUUUGUCAUUUAGCAGAAACAUUGGAUAUCUUGAGUUUACUGAAUGUAAAAGAACUAAAACAAGCUUUUCGAUUAAUGUUUUUUCGUAACGUAGAUUAUAAGGGUAAAGAAAAACUUGUAUCAGAUCUUUGUAAAUAUCUCUCGCAGGAAGCAGUUAUUUAUGGUAUACAACGGAAGUUGAAUGGACACAGCCCUCGAAAGGAUUGUUGGAGCUACAUUUUGUCGCAGCUUGGAUACGUUUUCCGAGUGCCAGACGAGAUAGCAAUACUCUUUGAUAACCUAUGCCGAUUGUGCUGUAUUCAGAGUUUCCCUGAAACUCCUUUGAUUCUUUUAGCUGCAAUGGAUAAGCUGAAAUUUCCACGUUAUAUCUGUUCCUGCACACGUCCCAUAUUUUUAUCAAGAGAUGCUUUUCUUGAAUUCACUCAAGCAGAGAGGGAAGAAGAAAUCUUCACUGCAGCACUUGAUAGUGGAUUAGAAGACACCGUUGUGGAGAUUUCUUCCAAGGCACAUAUCAUGCUUGAAAAUUAUCGUCAAGCAUUUAUAGACAAGGAAUCGGUUAAGGGAGAAUUGUCGCUACCUUCGUUGGAACAAGUCGUCCAUCCUGUGUUUAAAGUAUUCAGUGGUUUAUGGAUUUUUUGUAAUAUUUGCUGGCAUUCUAUUGUCUUUUUGGAACGACGAAAGGAUUUUGAGACAAGUAUUAGACGUUUGUUCCUGUUACUUGAAUUCAAGGAGAUGUGUUCUCAUCGUCGAGGUAGAUACUGGAACAGGCUUUCACUUGACAUAUUGCAUUCUGGGGGUUGCGUUCUAGACGCGCUUAAAGCAUGUAAGCAAGCACUGGAGGAUGAACAUCUUAAUGAUGGAGAACGUGUAACUAUUGCAAGGAGAGCUGCUCGCUUGAUACGCAUUGCUAGACGAAAGGGCGAAUUGGAAAAUUCUUCCAUUCUUAUUCGAGAAUUAAGGAAAUUGUUAAGUUACUCUUUCUUGAAUAAUCAUAUCCGACAUUGGCAUUCCUUACCGGAGGAUGUCAUUGUGGGAAGACCUGUAAGUUGGUCAAAAUACAGAAGGAAUCAAUUCUUUGGAUACAAUGAUCAGCUUUUGAGCGUAGAAGAACUUUGCUUGGAACACUAUGCUCUUCAAGGAUGGAAUGGCAUUCACUGUGAAGGUAGUCUUAUGAAUACUCUAUUUGGAAUAUUCUUUUGGAAUAUUUUAUUCAUGGACAUUUCGGAUGUCUUUCAAAAUGAGUAUCAGAGGGCUCCGCUUGAUUUGGGUACAGAAGCUUUCUACAAUUCGCGUUCAAGUGCAGUUGAGCAAAGACUUUUGGAAAUUCGCCAUUACGACAAGAAAGAUAUAUUUCGCGAAGUGCUUACUGUUUUUCAGGAACAUGGCUUUGAAGAAUGCGUUGGAGUGAAUUGGUUGAUCCUUGGCUCCAUGGAAACUCUUGCUUUGGUUGCUAGCUUGAUUCCUUCACCAGUAUUGGCUGGUUGUUUUGAAAAAUUAUCUAAGAACUAUAAAUAUUGGUCAGGUGGUCAACCCGAUUUAUUUCUUUGGAGAGAACUUCCAGAGGAACAAGUGAAGUUUGUAGAGGUAAAAGGGCCUUCGGAUAAGUUAUCCGAACGGCAACACUUUUGGAUAUGUUUAUUAUUGAGUUUUGGAGCAAACGCCUCUGUUGCAAAAGUGAGACCAGAGCAUUAGAAGGAAGUCAUCAUUAGAGUCGUCUCUCAUAACAUUUAAGAUAACGUCAUUCGUUGUAUUUUUAUAACCUCCGAAAUUGUCUCAGGUCAACUGUAAAUAAUUCUGUUUCACUCUUGUCGUACUCUUUUUUUUUCGAUA